AUGGCCGACCAGACUCCCGACUCGUGGGAGGAGGAUCUCUCCAGACAGACCGACGGCAUGAACCUGAACAACGGCAACUUCCAAGCCCAAGCAGCGUCAUUCCAGCCAGGCGCUGCCUCAUUCCAACCCGGCGCUGCCGCAUUCGUGCCAGGCCAGCAGUUCCAGCAAUAUAAUCAAGGCGCAUACCCUCAAUACCAGCAAUACGGCCAGCAGCAAGGCUAUUACCCCGCCUAUGGCCAGCAGGGUUACAACCAGUAUGGCGGCCAGCCACAGCAACCAGGCAACUUCAAUCAGAUUUACAACAACAAUUAUGGUGGUGGAUACAACCAAUACGCACAGCAACAACCUUCGCAGCAGCAACCACAGCAAGCUCGUCAGGCUCCUGCUCCCGCUCCCGCCCCCGCCGCUCCUAAAGCCGAGAAGUCCUCUGCUCCUCCCAAGGCCAAAGUCCUUUCAAUCGGCGGCGAUGUGAGCGCUGCCAACGCUGCACCGAAAACAAAAGUCCUCUCCAUUGGCACACCUGCCACCGCAAAACCUGCUGCUGCCGCUGCUGGCGAUAGCAAGGGCCCAGCUGCUGCGGAAGCCGCCAACAAGGUGACGGCCGCAAAGGCGAUUGAAAAGACAGAGAAAAAAGCAGAGGCAAAGGCCGCUAGUACUGGAAAAACAGCGAGCGCCCCUUCAUCGGGUCGCAGUAGUCCAGGACGAAGCAGCCCCGCGCGAGGAGAGAAGAAAGUCGGUCGAGAUAUCGAUUCCGUCGCCCGUGAGCAACAAGCCGAUGUGGACGAGGCUACCUUGAAGGAAAUUUACGGUGAGAAGCGUGAACAUGUCAACAUUGUAUUCAUUGGACACGUCGAUGCCGGAAAGUCAACUCUUGGAGGUUCCAUUUUGUAUGUGACCGGUAUGGUUGAUGAGCGUACGAUGGACAAAUACAAACGUGAUGCCAAGGAAGCUGGUCGUGAGACUUGGUACUUGUCGUGGGCGUUGGACUUGACGAACGAAGAACGUUCUAAGGGUAAGACUGUCGAAGUUGGACGGGCCUUCUUUAAGACGACCCACGAUUCCCCUGACGGCCCCAUUGAGCGCCACUUCACCAUCUUGGAUGCCCCAGGACACAAAUCGUUUGUACCUCAUAUGAUCGGAGGUGCCUCCCAAGCAGAUGUCGGCGUGCUCGUCAUCUCCGCUCGUAAGGGCGAGUACGAAACCGGAUUUGAAAAAGGCGGUCAGACUCGUGAGCAUGCUCUACUGGCGCGAAACUCGGGUGUCCAGAAGCUCGUCGUCGCUGUUAACAAGAUGGACGACCCUACCGUAGAGUGGAGCAAAGCCCGCUUUGACGAGUGCACUACCAAGGUUGCCAAAUUCUUAGAAGCUCUCGGGUAUAAGAAGGCAGACCUUUUGUUCAUGCCUAUAUCCGCACAACGCACUCUCGGCGUCAAAGACCGUGUGCCCAAGGAUCUUGCACCGUGGUAUGAUGGGCCUUCGCUGCUUGAGUAUCUCACCGACAUGAAGAUGCCCGAACGCAAGAUCAAUGCUCCUUUCAUGAUGCCUAUUAGUGCCAAGUACCGUGACAUGGGUACUAUGGUUGAGGGCCGUAUUGAAUCAGGUGUCCUUAAAAAGACCAGCAACUAUCUCAUGAUGCCUAACCGAGACGAAAUCUCGAUUUCUGCUCUUUAUGGCGAGACCGAAGAUGAAAUUGCCACGGCAACCUGCGGUGACCAGGUUCGUAUUCGCUUGCGUGGUAUCGAAGAAGAAGAUAUUCUUCCCGGAUUUGUCCUUUGCUCGCCGAAGAGACCUGUUCACUGCGUAUCUGAAUUUGAGGCCAAGAUUCGAAUUCUUGAGCUGAAGAGUAUUCUCUCAGCCGGUUUCAACUGCGUGCUACACGUCCACUCUGCCAUUGAAGAGGUCACAUUCGCCUCCCUGUUGCACAAGCUUGAGCCCGGCACUGGCCGCAAGAGCAAGAGGCCCCCAGCUUUUGCCAGCAGGGGUCAAACAAUCAUUGCUCGGCUGCAAGUCACUGGAACAGCCGGCGCAGUGUGUGUGGAAAGAUUCGAAGAUUACAACCAACUCGGUCGGUUUACGUUGCGAGACCAGGGACAAACUAUUGCCAUUGGUAUGAUUACCAAGCUGAUCACUGAGGAAUCGGCAUAA